AUGAGGGCAAUCUUCGGGAGAGACAAACGCAACUUGGACCAUUUGAAGAGGGACAUUGACAUAGAUGACCACAAAAUCCCACUCGAAGAACUGAUUCUCCGUUUGAAAACGGAUAAAGAAUUGGGCCUUUCAUACGGAGAAGCGGCAGAAAGAUUAAGAAUGUACGGACCAAACACUUUGACCCCUCCUUACAAAACUCCAACAUGGAUCAAACUUCUGCAAAACCUCUUCGGUUAG